AUGUAUCCGCAGCUCUCGGCGAUUUGGAAUGUGCCUGAUUGGCCGUCGGAUGAUGCUUGGAAUGAUACAAAACGAUUUUACGUGGUGAAGACAUCAGAGUGGCAAGAAUCUAAAUGGAUUUAUCUCUAUUUGGAACUUUUACUUCGUGCAAAUGAUAGGUGGUCGUCGCGGCUCUACAAGGAAUUCUUGUCCAAGGCCCGAAUUGUGAAAGUGGCGAUAGAAACUAAUAUUGGAGAUGUGAAGCAGUCGAAUGAGAGGCUCAAGGCCAAAUGUGCAAAUAUCUACAUAACGUUUACGGGAUUGGAGACGGAUCCACGGAUUGAUGAGAUUGGUGAGCAUGUUGAACGCAAAGCUAUAGUCAGAAGAGUCAUCAGCAGUACAGGAUCCUUGACCCUCGUGGGUAAGCUUUGGAGUGGUAAAGAUACGACAAAGCUUACUAGGAAGCAUACUCCCACGAGUGGAGAAAAAGGCCAGAGUUCUAAAAAGCGAUCUCACCCAUACUAG